CAUGUAAAUUAGCUUCCGAUGGUACGUAGAUACAUGACAUAUGUAUAUACAAAGUGGCAACGCGGUGGUUCUGCUGGACGUACCCAGUGAAUGGAUGUUACGUUGAAUACAACGAAGAUAUAAUAAAUCUGCAAAAUUGUUGGAGCUAUUUACAACUUAGACGUCUAUUCGCUGAUAACGACGAGAUGUUCCUGUCAAAGAUACCGCUUCUUCUCGGAAACAUUACCGCUGGCUUUGUGCAACAUGAAUCGGGACACAUCGGCAUUUUUGUGCAGAAAUGUUUACAAAAUAAUACAUCCCCUGUGACGUUUUCCACAUCAACGCAACAGCAGGAUGAACAGCUACACACCUCGAGGGAACAAUCGUCUUCACUUCAGAUAAACGCGGGUGUACCAGAUAAGUUAUAUAAAAAAAUUGAGAUUGAAGUCAGAGGAAACGAUCCAGCGGUAUUAAAGAGUUAUGGACAAUUUGCGAUGAUGGCCGCAGGUCAUUUGAAAAUCAACGUAGGUAGAAAUGUAGCGCCAUAUAAAGCUAUCCAUGAACGAUGGACAGUAUUAAAAUCUGCUCAUGUUCAUAAAAAGCAUCGUGUUCAAUAUGAAAUCAGGACUUAUUAUCGUUACCUUGAUUUUUUAAAAUUGACUGGAUCAACAGCAGAUACUUUUCUAGAAUAUCUUCAAAGGAAUUUGCCAGAAGGAGUGGCGAUGAAAGUAACUAAGGUUGAAAUGAUAAAAUUACCUGAGAGUGUAGCUGCAGUGUGCAACACAUAGCUGUGAUGUGUAACUAUGAAAAAUGUAUGAUUUUUGUAGAUAAAUUGCUAAUAUAAAUUAUAAACAAUA